AUGGAAGCCGUGUAUCAUAUUCUUAGAUAUCUUAAAGGAACUCCAAGACUUGGAUUAUUUUUUGGAAAGGAUGAUGACAGAAAGAUUAAGGUGUUUACAGAUGCUAAUUGGACAGGUUCUGUUCAAGAUAGGAGAUCUACGACAGAAUAUUGUACCUUCGUAUGGGAUAAUCUUGUUACAUGGAGGAGUAAGAAACAAUCAGUUGUUGCAAGAAGUAGUGCUGAGGUUGAAUUCAGGGCAUUAUCUCAUGAUAUUUGUGAGAUAAUGUGGCUGAAACUCCUUCUCCAAGAACUCAAGAUCAGGUUUGAUAGUUCAAUGGAAGUCUAUUGUGACAACAAGGCUGCAAUUGCUAUUGCACACAAUCCAGUGCAUCAUGAUCGUACUAAACAUGUUGAGGUUGACAGACAUUUUAUCAAGGAGAAGAUUGAAGAGAAAAUUGUAAAUCUGAUGUAUGUUCCAUCAUCAGAUCAAGCUGCAGAUAUCCUAACAAAAGGACUCUUGAGACCCAUAUUUGAAAGGUUGUUGAUCAAGCUGAAACUGUUCAAUCUAUCACCACGCAAUGAACAUAUAAAUGCUAUUAGGUUGUUGGAAAAAUCUCGGAGUGUGAUAGUAUUGCGAAGCAUUGAAGACAAACUUGCAAACUUGAGCCAAGAGAAAGAAAUUAUAAAUGAAGAAAUUAAACGAAUAACUCCGGAACUUGAUGAGUUAAAAAAGGGGAUUGAUAAGAGGAAUGCAGAAAAUAGGAAAUUGGAGAGGAGGAUCAAUGAAAUUGUUGACCGGAUAUAUCGAGACUUCAGCAGAUCUGUUGGGGUGGCAAACAUACGAGAAUAUGAAGAAAACCAACUCCAAGCCGUGCAGCAUAUGGCUGAUGAACGUGUUAGCUUGAGCAGUCAGCUUUCAAAAUUGAAAGGCCAGUUGGAGUAUGAACAGAAUCGGGACAUGGAGUCCCAAAUUAAAGAUUUGGAAUCUUCUUUGAGUUCCUUGGAGCACGAUUUAAGAAGGAUUCAAAACAAGGAUGCUGAAGCCAAAUCAACCGCAGAAAAUGCCAGUAAUGAUAUUGAUCGCUUGAAGGAGGAACUUGGUGAGUGGAAAUCCAGGUUGGAAGAAUGUGAGAAGGAUAUGCAGGAAUGGAAGAAGAAAAUAUCUGCUGCUACAACUAGCAUAUCGAAACUUAAUCGUCAGAUUAAUUCUAAGGAGACAAACAUUGAACAGCUGAUCACCCAGAAGCAGGAAAUAGUAGAAAAAUGUGAAUUAGAACAAAUAGAGCUCCCAAUUAUCUCAGAUCCCAUGGAGACUGAAUCCUUGACCCCUGGUCCAGUUUUUGAUUUUAGCCAGCUGAAUAGAUCCUAUCAACAGGAUAGGAGAUCAUCUGAUAGAGAGAAACUUGAAAUGGAGUUCAAACAUAAGAUAGAUGCCUUGAUAUCAGAAAUUGAAAGAACUGCACCAAAUUUGAAAGCGCUAGAUCAAUAUGAAGCUCUGAAAGAAAAGGAAAGAUUAAUAUCUGAGGAGUUUGAAGCAGCUAGGAAAGAGGAGAAAGAGGUAGCUGACAAAUUCAAUUCUAUUAAGCAAAAAAGGUAUGAGUUGUUUAUGGAUGCUUUCAACCAUAUUUCCGGAAAUAUUGAUAAGAUUUACAAGCAAUUGACAAAAAGUAACACACAUCCCUUGGGUGGGACGGCAUAUUUGAACUUGGAAAAUGAAGAUGAACCAUUUUUACAUGGUAUCAAGUAUACCGCUAUGCCUCCAACAAAGCGGUUUCGUGACAUGGAACAAUUAUCUGGUGGAGAAAAGACUGUUGCAGCUCUGGCAUUGCUUUUCUCCAUUCAUAGUUUUAGGCCUUCUCCAUUUUUCAUAUUGGAUGAAGUGGAUGCAGCCUUAGAUAACUUGAAUGUUGCAAAAGUUGCGGGUUUCAUUCGUUCCAAGUCAUGUGAAGGUGCCAGGAUGAAUCAAGACACCGAGGGAGGCAGCGGUUUUCAAAGUAUUGUUAUAUCACUGAAGGAUAGCUUUUAUGACAAGGCUGAAGCUUUAGUAGGCGUUUAUCGGGAUUGUGAAAGAAGCUGCUCGAGAACGCUGACCUUCGACCUUACCAAAUACCGGGAAUCAUAGAAGCACAAUUCGACAGGUUGAAGAUUGUAGAAUGCCAACAGAUGUAAACUACGUUGUAGAAGAGCUAUGCAUACUAACCGAUGCUGGAUGGAUUAGUAUCUUGCAAUUGGAAAGUACUUUCAGAAGUGUUUCCUGUAAUUUAAAAUAUCAUUUCUCUCAAGUUUUUGUAAAUAUUCUCAACCUGAAGGCUAACUUCCAUGCUUAUUUUUAGUGUAUUUAGCUUGAAGUUUACCCAUAGCAUGUAUCUGUCUAAUAUUAACCCAAUAUUUCAACUAUGGGAUAAUUUUUAGGUGUAGUGUUUUUACGUGAUACACUUUUUCUAUAGCACUUUUGGAAAAAGCACUAUUAAUUGCUUCCUCUGAGAAGUCUUUAGAAUUUUCAAAA